GUGCAUGGUGGACUGUCGCCCGGUCAGCGACAACAUGCUUCUUGUGGCUGUGCUCGUGGUGUGGCCUCGGUGUGAACUGUGAUAGUGACAUGUUUCUCUGGAGCCUUUCUGUCUGACAAACACCAAUCAGGAGGAGGCGGAAUAGGAGGAGGAGUGAUAGUCAUGGCAGCAGGCCGCGAGGCCACCAGCCCGCUCCUCGGAGGCCUCCUAAUAUUUGCUAUGAUGGUUGGCGGGGGCGGUGUGGGGAGCGGGGGCGGGGCCAGUGGCAGUGGCAGUGAGAUGUGGCCGCUGGAGAGGCCGGACGGCAUGCCGGCCAUACAAGCGCUGGAGGUGAUGUGUGGCAAGGACCAUAUGGACGUACACCUGUCAUUCACGGCGCCCUUCGAGGGCAUCGUCUCCUCCAAGGGCCAGUACGGCGACCCGCGCUGCGUCUAUGUGCCUCCCUCCACCGGCAAGACCUUCUUCUCGUUCCGGAUCGCCUAUGCGCGCUGCGGCACUAAGCCCGACCUACACGGCCAGUUCUACGAGAACACGGUCGUCGUGCAGUACGACAAGGACCUGCUCGAGGUCUGGGACGAGGCUAAGCGUCUGCGCUGCGAGUGGUACAACGACUACGAGAAGACCGCCUCCAAGCCACCCAUGGUCAUCGCCGAUCUCGACGUUAUUCAGCUCGACUUUAGAGGGGAUAAUGUGGACUGUUGGAUGGAGAUUCAACAUGGCAAGGGGCCGUGGGCUCCCCCUGUCAGUGGCAUCGUGCCUCUAGGAUCAACACUAACUCUCGUUGUGGCUAUCAACGAUUACAGAGGUGAAUUCGAUAUGCGAGUGAAGUCGUGCGCUGCCUCGGAUGGCGGCGGCCACAUAAUCCAGCUGAGCGACGAGAAUGGCUGCGUGCUCAGGCCCAAGAUGAUCAGCCGCUUCCUCAAGGCACGCAUCAACGACGAGCGAGCAUCCGUCAUCACCUACGCCUUCUUCCACGCCUUCAAGUUCCCUGACGCGCUCAGUGUGCAUAUCAAGUGCAAGGUGGAGAUCUGCAGGCACGGCUGCCUAGAUCACUGCCAACUGGGAGGCGGUGGUGGUGGCGGAGGCCUCGACAUUCCCCUGGAUCACUACGGUCCAGUCGACCGCAAAGACCCGCAGGCGGCCGAUCGCAAAGACCCGCAGCAUGCCGGCGACAAGCAGCACUCGGACACGUUCGGCGACCUCAUCUACGACGAAAUGCUCAACCUCGACGACAACGAGCCGCCCAACGACGCCGGUCAGCAACCUCAGGCUCAACAUCAGAAGCGCACGCCAGUCGUCGACAACAAACCAACACCAUUCCAGGAGAUGCCAUUGCGAAACCAGAACGCGAACGUGCGGGAGCCAUCGGACCGGUUCCCUUACGGGCCGCGCAACCUAGACCCGGCCGGUGCGGGCAGCGAGGCGCCGCGGCUGCGUCGGCGUCGCUCGGUGGUCGUGUCCGACCGCAAGGUGCGAAGCGCCGACGUCGGCGUCAGCGGCCUCUAUGACGUCAUAUCCGAGGCCGACCUUGCCUUCACGCCCGACUCCAGGGCUGAGGCGGUCACCGUCUUCCAGGGUCGCAUUAGAGAGGAGGUGGUGUAUGGAAUUUGCCUUCCCGUUCCGGGCUUCAGUCUGCUGUUCCUGCUGGUGUCUGUGUCAGCAGUUGGCUCGGCGCUGAUUGCCGGGUCGCUGCUCUACAGAUACCAGCUGCAGCGCGAGGCACAACAAGUGGUCGCCAGACAGCAGCACCAGCGACAGCGGCGACACCUGUCGCGUCAACCGCAGCCGCAGCCGCAACCGGGCAGUGCGAUGGUCGUCAACUCGCUAGCCAGCUGGAUGGCACUCAGGCUGCUCAGAGCCAGGAUCCAACAGCCAUCCGACCAACAGUGCACCGCUCACAACGGCUGAACCAUUUCAUCAGUCACCAGUACCAGCCUACGAGAUGGCUGUGGUUCAGGGCAUGGAAUUAACACUUGGUGUGGAGCGGUGCGGUGCGGUGCGGUGCGGUGCGGUGCGGUGCGGUGCGGUGCGGUGCGGUACGGAACGAUAAACCGACGUCAAGUGUUUCCCCAAAACAGAUUAUCACACUGCCCUCUAUCCUCAGUUAAUUGAACACUUUGUGAAGUGAUGAAUCUCUAAACGUCUAAUUUGGAACGGUAGAGCCGACAAAUUGGCUUUCUGCGAAACAAAUUAUCACACAGCUCUCUGAAAGCUUAGUGCGGCGCUGGAUUUGUUGACGUUUCGGAGCGGUAGAGCCGAAGUAGUGAUUGAUUCUGCAGACUAUAGUAAGAUACUUUCGAUUGGCGCCGAGAAAAUUUGACGAAUUUUCCAAAUGCUCAGUUACAAGUUAUUGUGUAUUGUGCCAAAGAGGUUAAUAGGAUAAAAUAGUAUAUCGAAAACACAUAUAAUUUAAUUCUUCUUCAAUUUCAUUCAUUUCAAGAUAGUUCUUUUCCAAUAUUGAGCGUAGCCUAGUAUUAUUAUUUUGCAUUAUCUCACUGUCUUAUACAGACAAAUAAUUGUUGUUUCGUGAUGUGAAUGUAUUCAGUUGUGUGAGUGUUUUUGUUUUUUGUACAGAACUUAUUUUUAAUAUUGGGAUAAUUGAUUGUUAGUUAAAAAGUCUUGUUAUUGUAUGCACUCUUGUGGAGCUUAUCUCCUUCAUUCAAAAAUAAUUUUGAAUAACUUACUAAAGUUCAAUCUGAUUCGUUGAUACUAUACAGUUAUUUCCAUUAAGGAAUACAUAUUGCAAUAGAAUAGAAUUCAUCAACUGAUAGCUCAAUAUUAUAAGUGUUUGUUAUUGGAAACCAAAAAAAAAAAAAAAAAACAAUUGUCAUUCAGUGGCAUAUUGAAGGCGGGAGAUUUCCAGGUUAUUAACCCCCCCCCCUGAUCACGAAAGAAGGUCCAAAAAUCCAAAAUAACACUCCCCCCCUCCGUCAUCAAAUUCCACUAGGUGAAGUCUAUAGGGAUCCAAAAUUUUUGGCCAAACCCCCACCACAAUUCAAAAUCCUGGCUACACCAUCAUUCAUUCAAAACUUCCCGAGCAAAACUCACAAUUAAGAAUAUCAACUAUCUUCAAUUAUCAUCAACAAAUAAUUUUCCAAAAUACUGCACCGUCCUCAAAUUCAAAAAAAAACUUUAUUAUACAUGAUAACGUAAUUUUUAAUCUCUCUACUUAAAAGAAUUUAAUGUUAAAUUCUAAUGUUAAUGUUAAUUUUAAUGUUAAUGUCAUCGUCACUGUACCACUUCAAUAUAUAUAAUUUAUCAUAGUUUGAAGGAUUAUUAAUUUGUUAUUUAUUAGAAAAGAGUUUAUAACCUGACAAUACCGUACAUGAAAUAUUUUUGUAAAAUAACGAUUUCUACUGAGAAAUGAGUAUAAGCUUUUAUACUCCACAUUAUUAUACUACAUACAUAAUUCCCACAGCCUACAUAAUUCAAAUCUAAUAAUUUCCUGUACAUAAAAUAUCUCAAUACUUUUUGUUGUACUCUGAUCAUUUUUCACAGUACCGUAUUUUAUCGACACCUCUAUAUUAUUCACAACAUAUGCAUUUGAAGAUGCGUAAGUAAGGCGAGUAUUAGAUAUCUCUUCUAGCAAACUUUGACUUUUAUUCCUCAUUAUUUAUUCUUAUUUAACAUAGAUUAUGAAAUAGCAUGCAGUUCUUUUGAUCCGUCCUCACACUAAAAUAUUGGAACAUUGUCGUAUGUACUUUUACUAGCUCAUUUAUAAUGUUGUAUAUUUUUACUUAAGGCUCAAACACACAUAAAAUUGCUCAAAGCUUAUAAACAUAAUUUUAUUUAUUCAUGUAUAUUUGUUAUUUUUAAUAUUUAUUUUCUAGUUAGGAUAUAAAUGUUGAUCAAUAAGAAUUUUCAUAAUAUUCGGAAAUAUUUGUAUUUAAUGCAUUUGUCAUGAUAGAUCAAAUAACACUUAUUUAAAUAAAACUUAAUUUGACUAAUGAUGCAAUAGGUAUAUAUUAAAAUUAUUGGAUCAUUAAUAAUAAACCAAAUUGAUGAUAAAAGUCCAUCCCUCCCUUACGACGAUGGUCAUGGUAAGAGAAAAUUUACUUGAAAAUUAAUUUUUUAAAAAUCCAAAUAAAAUAGUCAUCUUCCAAUAAAAUGAAGCGGUUAUCAACAAAUUCCAAUAUUCCAAUCAAUCCAUCAGUUUAUUUAAUUCAAUCAGUAUUGUUAUAGGUACUUUCUUAAAUCCCCUAAUCUUGUCAUUAAGUAAUGCUUAGUUUUAAAUGUUGUAGUAUAGGAUGAUUCUAAUGAUAAGUUUGAAUUUGAUUAGGUGUAUUUUUAAUCCAGUAAGUCGAUUUCUAGUAACUCUGAAACAAUAAAUAAUGAAAAAUGAAAAUAAUUUCUCUGAACAUUAUUACGUAUAGUGUGAAAAUUUACUCAAUCUGAAUUAUGCACUACUGUACACUGUAAGCAACGACUCAAAUAAUUUAACUAGACCACUUGAUAAUAUAAAAGUAAUAAACUACAUGUUUUUAGUAUUCCAUAUGAAUUGAAAUUCUUUAUUCUACUUUUCAAUAUUUCCUACUCACAUUUACUAUGCAAAUAAGUCGCUUAUGGAUACGAUUAUAAAAAUUGAAGAUUAUCAUAUCUACAGACAUCAGUAAACUGCAUUUUUUAAUCUGUUACAGUUAGCCUACAAUUAUAAAAAUUUCUAAAGAAUUUAUAACCUAAUUUUAUAAGAAUUCUGAGUUGAGUGACUUGAUAGAUAUCUUCAAAUAUUCCGUUAUUAAUCAGGAAUUAUGAUAGUAUCAGGACAAACAAACAAGACAGGACUAUUACAGCUAACUUCAUGACAGUUCAGAAAAAAAUAAAAAUACUUUUUAACCCAGUUACUUCUCUUCACUGCUAUACAUAAUUAUGAAAAGAUUACACAAAUUAAUCAUUUUAUGAGUUUUCUGAAGAAAUCUGUUAAACUCAUAACAAAUGACUUCACCGAAUUUAAUAAAUUGAAAUAAUAAUAAUAAAUAGACCGUAGUCGGCAGUAAA